GCGGCGAGCUGCUGGAUAUGAAACAGAUCGACUUCGAUAAAAUCACAAAGCGUUACAACGUCCUGGAGUCGGACUUUGAGGCCAUGGUGUUGGAGAAGGAGGUCAAGAUACAUGAGUUGAAGGGCUCGCUCGAACUGGCCCAGAUUCGAUGCCAGCAGCUGGAGCCAGAGAACGUGCGCCAGCAGCAGUACAUCAAGCAGCUGGAGGCCAGGCGGGCGACCUUGGAGCACAGCCAUGCCCAGCUGAACAAGGAGCUGCUCCUGCUGCGUGAUCAGGAGCAGGAGGCACUACGUACCGUGGCCACAUUGAGUGAGGAGAAAACGCGACAGCAGCUGCGCCUUGUGCAAAUGGAAGAGGAAUGGGGCGCAGUGAAACAACAUUUGGCCACAAACUAUUCGCAGCUACAGCAGAAAAUUAAUCCGUUGAUAAACGAACGGGAUGCGCUGCGGGAUGCGCUGCUGUCCACGAAGCGGGAGACAGCGGAUGCGCUGCGCCUGGAGCUAGAUCGGCACCAAGGCCUCUUGGUAGCUGCCAAAACGGAGGUGGAUCGACUGACCCAACUGCACGCAAAGACCUCACACGAGAAGGAUGUGCUCAGCUACGAGCUGCAGGAGCAGCGCGAACAAUUCGCCAAGCUCGAGCAAAUACUACAGAGCUUCCAGUUCAAUGCAGAGCAGAAGGCCAAAAGGCAGGCGAAAUGUGAGCCAGAGAACUGCAGUAGAGCUGAGAUUCAAAUGAGCAGGCUGCAGAAGAUCAACAAGAGGCAGGCGAAAAUCCUAAAGGAACACUAUGUGGAUGUGGACAAGGCGAAGCUCUUCGAUGUCGAGCUGCAACUUGACGAUUCCCUCACGCUGCAGAGCCUCUGCGCCCGCACCACAACUGUGGACAUUUUCACCACGCAGCAGAGUCUGCUCACGGGGCUCAAGGGGAAUGCCGAGCAAUUAAAGGCGUUUAUCAAGCAGCAGGAAAAGCAGGUAAAGCAUGGCGCCAGUAGUGAUGCCACGCCCACCCAUUCGAACAUGAAACAUUUUGGCUGAAUUUCUGAAAUUAUUUUUGGUUUUUGUUAAGAUUAAAUCAGCCAACCAUUGG